CCUUAUCCUUAAAAUUUGAAUUCCGCAUUGCCAGUGCUAUAAUCAUACUUACAAAGAAACGAAACUCAGUCAAGUACUGCCAUCGCCAGCACACACAGUCAUGGAGGAAACAGCUUCAGCUCUUCAUUCAAGUGGAUCCACAGAUGUCGAGUGUCAUGCAUGUGUUGGAAAGAAGCGGAAAGCUGAACAGACUUGUGUUGAGUGUGCAUCAUCAUACUGUGAGCAUCAUCUUGUCGUGCAUAACUCUUUGCAUGUGGGAAAGAGGCACAGGCUUGUGGAGCCGAACGCAGUGUUGCAGGAGAACAUCUGCCCUGAUCAUGGCAAAAUGCUUUUUCUGUACUGCCGCACAGACCAGCUGUGCAUCUGUCACCUGUGCAUUACUGAUAAACACAGAGGUCAUGAUGUCAUCCCAGUGGAAGAGGAAGUGGCCAAACAACAGAUUAAGUUGGGGGAGUUGCAGAAGCAGACCAAUGACAUUAUUGAAGCUAAGGAGAAAGAUGUGCAAGAGCUGAGGCAAGCUGUAGAGCUUUUCAAGGCUUCAGCAAUUAAGGCACUGGAGAAGAAUGAGAAGAACUUCACUGAGCUGAUCCAGUCUAUAAAGAACAAUCAAUGCAAAGUAACAGAGCUGAUUCAAGGACAGACAAAGUCUGCAGUGAAAGAAGCGGAGGGAUUUAUAAAGACUCUACAGCAGGAGAUCAGUAAUAUGAGGAACUUAGAUGCAGAUUUACAAUGCCUGCAGCUGCUCUCUCAUACUAACACUGAUGUUCGAUUUCUAGAGAGCGCUGUGUCUCUGCCCUCACUGACUGAGUAUAAAAAAACAUUUGUCUUCCUUGUGCAUCCGUACAAUUCUUUUGAGCGUGAUUCCUUGGCGGUUAAUGAACUAAUAGAAAAGCUAAACACGACCAGCAAGUUGAGUUUACUCAUGAUUUCCAAAAAAGUGAAAAACACUAGAAUCGUAAGAUCACCACCACCACAGACACGGGAGGAGUUUCUACGGUAUGCAUCAAAACUCACUUUUAAUACCAACUCAGCACAUGAAAGUCUCAUCUUGAGGAACGAGAACAAGGAGGUGAAGGCCUCGCACCUGCUUCAGGACUAUCCUGAACACACUCAGAGAUUUAACUGCAGGGUACAGAUCCUGUGCAAUGAAGCUCUGAGAGGGUCCCCUAAAUAUUGGGAAGUAGAGAUUGGCGGGGGCACUUGGAUCUGCAUUGCUGUGUCCUACCAAGGGAUCCGUAGAAAAGGCAAACAGCGUACACUCUUUGGGAGAAAUGCCCAGUCAUGGGGACUACGCUGUAAAAGUGUCCAUAUAGAAUUUUGGCAUGACAAUAAGACAACAUUUUCAACGUUUCAAUCACAUGGCUCAAAAAUAGGAGUGUAUUUGGACUACAGGGCUGGAAUCUUGGCAUUUUACAACGUGUCUGACAACAUGAGUCUCAUUUAUAAGCACCAAACUGUUUUUAAAGAGCCUGUUUAUCCUGGGUUCGGACUUGCUGGGAAUGGUUCCUACGUGAGACUUUGCGAUCCAGUGAAAAAUGACACCAAAACAUCCCUUUCUUCUCCAUUUAUGUUUGGCAGUUUUUAAGUUGUAGUGUUUACACAUGCAGCUGAGCUGACAUGAAGUUCACUGACUGAAUUCUCAAACUAGUAUGCAAUCAUUCAUUAGGAUUUGGAGGAAAGAUGUGGUUUUUGCAUGUAGACACUUGGUGGCAGCACUAGAUAAGUUUUAAAUUCAGCCUUUUUAUAGCA